GUCCUGUACUGAAUUCAAUGGUCUGUGUCAUUUGAGUAGUAUCUUUCAAUGUCAACUCAGUUCUUUAAAAUACCUUAUUGUCGGUUGUUAAAAGUCUGUUGAGCUCUUAGUUUAAAAGAAACGUCUGCUAACUUGUUAGCUAUCCAACGGUAGCAGGAACAACGGACGUUAGCUAACUAACGUUAGCUUGAAACCGCAGAGCCGACAAUAAUCCUGCCCUUCGUUUGGUCUCCUGUCAUACAUGGUUGUGGCGUUAUCAGUCCGGGUGUGUUUGGCGAUAGUGUGUGUUGCUUCAGACUAUUAAUAUAUAGGGUGUUUGGGGUUAUUUGAUUCCCCAUUCUGGAAACGUUGACGGAAGCUAAACGCUAGCUUGCUAGCUAAACGUUAGCACCAUGGGAGCCGAACAGAGCGGAGACGCGGAGCACAAACACUCCGACUACAGCUCGUCGGUGGUGCCCUCUCCAGCAAAGCAGAAAGCAAAGAUGGAUGAUAUUGUCGUUGUUGCUCAGGGGACCCAGUCAAUGCGAAAUAUCCACAAUGACCCAGAUGUUAUCAAACUUCAGGAGAUACCCACCUUUCAGCCACUUUUAAAAGGGGUGCUGAGUGGCCAGACGUCACCCAGCAGCGUGUGUCUGGAGAGGUUGGAUGCUGCCCAGGUUCUUCAACUCUGCAUCCGCUACCAGGACCACCUCCACCAGUGUGCCGAGGCUGUAGCCUUCGACCAGAACGCUCUGGUCAAAAGGAUCAAAGAGAUGGACUUGUCGGUGGAAACUUUGUUCAGCAUCAUGCAGGAACGCCAGAAACGCUACGCCAAGUAUGCCGAGCAGAUCCAAAAGGUCAACGAGAUGUCCAUGAUCCUGAGACGCAUCCAGAUGGGCAUCGACCAGACGGUGCCGCUGAUGGAGCGCCUCAACAACAUGCUGCCUGAGAGCGAGCGCCUGGAGCCCUUCAGCAUGAGGCCUGAUGGGGAUUCUGCCACUAAGUAGCCUGCUUAAAGCCAACGCAGCUGCUUCUUACCUGAGUCUCCAUCCACUCCGGCGGCCAGAAGGAAGUGCAGGUCUGUCCAGCUGUAGGGAUUACUCAUUAAGUCUUUUGUUUUCAUAGUGGUGUAUGGUGCAACUAAGCCUGCUCCAGUUAGCUCUCCAGGUCUUUUAUUCUCCUUUUUUUCUGAACACACAUCAGAAACAUACUUACUAUAGCAUCUUAACUCUGUACACACACAUGUUCAUACCUAAGUUUAACCACAACCUUCUGCAGCUCUACUGGAGCAGUUGCCAAUUUAUGAAGUGCUGCGAUCAAACUGCAGAAGGCCUUGAGAUUAUUACUUAUCCCCUCCCUGCAGGGAAUCAAACCGGCAAUCUUCCUGGCACAUGCUUUCCUUAUUAAUCUAAAGGCGGGGGAGGAACAAACACUUUUGAUUGAGUCAGAACGAACUCCAUAUGCUCAAAAACUCCUGCAGACGUGUUGCAGGGUUUUUUUGUUGCAUGGGUGUGAGCGAUAUAAACGUGUUUCAAAACUUUUCCUGCUGCUUUGGAGUUUGCACAAACUUCCCAAAACAUCAGAACCACCACUCACUGCUGAGUGCAGUGGCUUGAUUUUGGAUCUUCACAUUACAAACCGAUAUUUUCCAUAUGUCAUAUGUCUCUCACUGUUUGGAUAUCCCUUUCAUGACCGGCCUGCACGCAGAUUGACUGCUUUUAGUUUUCUGAACAAUAUCGGUGCAUGGUUUUGGAAUAUUGUGAUGAAGAGACUCUCAGAGAGAACGAAGACGGAUUAUUGCCUUCGGAUUACACAAAGAGCAUGGACGUACCUCUUGUUGGACAGAGGAUAGUGUCAACAUUUUCAUGAUUUUUUUUUUUGACGGGACACCUUGACUUUUAUUUAUUUGGAUGCUUUUGCUGUUUUCAUGCAAAACAGUGAAGAAAAUUUCACAAGGGAUCGACCAGAGACCCUGACGCUUGAGUUUCUCAGCACAUCCAUCGAGAAGACAGAAGCAAAAAUGGAUGGAAACUAUUCUAGCAAGUCGCCACACUUGUCAAGACAUCACUACAGUGCAAUUUCAGCAUUAACUUUGUUUGUUUGUUCGCCUUGUCAUCACACAAACCAAAGAUUCACAAGUCCUCAGAGCUGUUUAAUUAUAAGUGGCACUUUAAAAACAGUCAGUUAUGUCUCUGGUCUCUUUAGGAAAGUGAUUGCGUUAACGUCAUUGCUUCACCUGUUCAACAUCUGUUUCUGUAUCAUAAGUUAUGUUUGUUAGGCCUAAAGGGCCGGUUCACCCAAAUUAUUUAUUAGGUAAAAAUCUCUUCUCUUUAGAGGUACCUACUCAUGCAGAAAGCUUUGGUUUCAUUUCUGCACGUCUUUCCAAGAUUUCUGCCUCUGCCACAAUUUAAUGGAGCUGAAUGAAGUUUUAUUAUACAUACAGCAGUAAAGAAUUACCUGAAUCAGCAGCAACAUCGGAGAAAAAAAUGUUCUUGUUACUUUUGAUAAUCCGCAAAACACAUGGUCAACACAUUUAUUAUAGACUUUUUCCUGAGCCCAGUUCAGACCAAAGGUUCUUGACAAGAUGAAUUGAAACUUGCAGCUACUUGAAAUGUGCCGGUCUGCAAUAUUUUGAAAUAUUCCAGUUUACACCAGUGCCACUGGACAAGCCAUGACCUUAUAAACUUCCGUACUAAUGUCCAGCUUUUCAGGCUUAUUUUGUAGCAUCUUAAGAUAUAAAUGAAGACAGUGAUAGUGGGGUAUAUCCUUCAGUUGCAUUUCUAUCAGUGACGAAAUGCUGGAAAAUUUAUAAAAAUACAUCACAAUAAAGUAAAUAACCAGCACCAUUUACUCAGUCAAUCCUUAUCUAUACAAUUUUGGUUUCAUUUGAGUACAUUUUAAGGCUUGUGUUAUACAGACAUGGCUGUUCUUGUACAAAUUGAUAAGGUGAUCUUCUCUGUCCUCCGUCCAAAACUCUGCCAUUUCAAAAAGAUGACAGUUUGUAACUGACUUCGCCACAAGCUGUUGAAACAGGUGAUGUGCCAUAAGUUCUAAAACCAUCCGCUGGCGCUUUGACAAGCUAAAUAAAACAGUUUCGUCUCGUCAUUCUCUGGUAUGAACUGGGCUUUUAGAAGAAAAGUCACCGGGACAUGUUUCUGAAAAACACUUAAAUGAACUGUCAAUAUGAUUUUUAAUGCUAUGAGUACAACAAAUAAAAUGUCAUUCACCUAUAUUUUAUUUGGUGGCUGAAUCUCAAAACAACGGCAAAACCCCCAAAGUAUUUGCAUGACUAUAUACCGCAUAAUUUAACUGAGAUUUAUUUUCUAACUUGGGUGAACAGACACUUUAACUGCCUAAUCACUGGUCAUUUUGCAGUGUGGCAAUAAAAUAAGACGCUUCUUAAAAAGAGAAUUAUUGUGUUAUUAUUGGAGCAGUGUUUCAGUUCAGGCUUGUGUAAAUCCACUAGGUGGUGCCAGAGAUAACACAGUAUGUGGCUUCUUCACACACAUUUUGAGAUUAAAAGUCCCAAAUGGAGCUUUUUCAGUGAGUGUGUAAGAACUUGACUGUUGUGUUGAGGGACACUGGCGCAGGAGGACCGUUGCUGCUCAUACAGCGACUCUGUGACAGACUGACCAGUCCAACCAAUACUGUUUGAACAGUUUCCAAAAACCAGCCAAGACCUGUCUGUAAAGCCAGAAGUCAGUAGCUUUCAUCAUACGGUCUUAUUAUUUAUAUAUUUUUUCUGACCAGCUCAAAUUGUGUCGUGUCAGACUGUGUUGA